AGUAGUCAUAAGUAAACCGAAAUGAUAAAGGAUUAGCCAAGGGAGUAAGGUGAGGGGGGUAAGGUUCCCGUUCUAUCCAUCUAUCUAUGCUGUGCUGCCAUGGAUGGCAUUAGAUUUGUCUCCAAUUGUUACACCUUUCAAUUCUCCAAAACCCCUUCAUUUUCUCCUUUCCCUACUGCUUUUUCCACAUACACCCCCUUUGUUUCAUCACUAAGAGCUUCUCGUACUACUACUGCUACAACUACUACAGUGAGUGAUGUAGAUGAGGAUGUCUUGCAAACAUUUUUGAAGGAUAGAGAAUUAAAUGGUGAUUUUGUAUCAAGAACUUGUGAUUUACUAUGGCGAAUGGAUAUCAGAGAUUCUGGUGAUUAUGAUGUUAGUGAGCUCAAUGACGACAACAAUGCUCAACAAAUAGAACAGAUCAUAGAGACUAACAGUGAUGGCGGUUUUUUGAAACUUUCAAGUACCCAAGAGUGGUUAUUAGGCGACAAUUCUGCACCAGUAAACAGGAAGAUGACUGCAAAGACAAUCCUAGACAACAGAGCAAGACUCAAGAAACUGAACGCGCUCAAAUACCAAUCUCUCAAGAAAGAAUUAUUACUUCUCUCUGUGGGUAUUGGAUUGGGUUGUAGCGGAUAUUGCUUGGUAGUUUUUUCUGUACAGGCUGCUAUAAGUUAUGCAAUUGGGGUCCUUUUCAGUUGCUUGUACCUUCAGCUCUUGUAUCAACAAGCAGACAACAUAUCCAGUGAAACUGUUCCUCAAAUAUUCAUGAAAAAGAAGUCAAAGAAAAUUGGCAUAAGAAGCGAAGACCUUAGUGAUUCUUUCGAGAAAACAAUCAGGGGUAGCGGUAUAGCACUUUCGUCACCAAGGCUUGUGAUCCCGGCAGCAAUUUAUGGACUUUGGGCUGUGUCUCAUCAGUAUUUUAUCAACGACUUGUUGGAUUUUCAGCUUGUGCCAGCCAUGUUUGGGAUGUUUGUCUACAAAGCUGCUGCUCUUGUGCAAGUUUAUAGAGACAAUAAAGACUUAGGCUUUGAAUUUCCGGAAGAAUUUUGAAGGAAGGCUGAAGUGGCUGAAAUAUUUAUUUUGCCAUGUUCAGCAGAUCACACUAUUAUUCCCUACAUCCUCAAAUAUUGGAAAUAACCAGCUGCAUCCGGAACUAAGCACUACUUACAUUUAUCUUGUACCAAAAAAUGUCAUGUAGUAUGUGUAUAUUGAAAGAAUGGAAGAUAAUUUGAAAUGAUAAAAAAAUAAAAGUCUGUUUAAGUCCAA